AUGGCUUAUAAACUCUAUAGUGUAGAAUCUACACUAUAUCUGCAUCUCUCUGGCAGCAUGUUUGCAGACAAGAAUGUGGAGGCUUCUGGAGGAAAACAAGUUAUUUAUAAAAAAGUUGGAGACUCUGUGGAGAUUUCCUCAAAUUUACCAACUGAAGGAGUCAGCAGGGCAGCAUGGAAAUAUGAAGACUCAAUGGUUGCAGACCAACGUUUAGAUGUUAUAGGAAACUCUCCCUUUCAGGCCAGGGUGCAGUUCAAUAAUGUGAACUUUAGUUUAACAAUAAGAGACCUGACCCUGCAAGAUUCUGGUGAUUUCAGUUUUACCUCAUCAGCCAAUGACAAACAAAGACCUACAGUCUUCAUCACUCUGCAAGUUCACGAGCCGAUAUCUAAGAAGCCCGACCUGAAUGUUACCAUCAGUGAGCCCGACUCAAAGGGAGUCUGUACGGUUCACCUGGAAUGCAGAGCAGCUUCUCACAGCAAUAUCAGCUACACCUGGACUGUAGGAAAGCAAACCUAUGGAGGUCAAAGGCUGGAACACAAAAUCACUUUACAAGAUGGAGACACAACAUUCACCUGCACUGCCUCUAACGUCGUCAGUGAGAUGUCAGCGUUAGAAACAGUGACGUGUAGAAACAACACCACACCCGUCUCUGAUGAAGGGUCUAGCUCUGUCAUAUUUUGGGUUAGGCUGGCCAUUGCAGUUCUGGUUAUUCUAUUCUUGGUCUCACUGCUUCAUUUCACAAAUACGAAGGAUUUACUUUGUACCAGGGUUGAAGGUACUGCAACAGCUGACCAGGAUCAGACUCAGCAACAUCCCCUCAGCUCACCUCCUCCUGGUGAUGAGUCGGUGUAUGAAAAAAUGAGAGGCUCCACAGAUGCUGAACAAGGUGAACCUUCAGAUGAAAACCUCUAAGAGUUGAAAACCUCUAAAAGUUCCCAUCAUGCAACAGGACGAUGUUAAAGACAACAAGUGGACAAGAUGAGCCCAGAAAAUACAUCAGAAGAGUUCAUUUCAAUGACUUCCUUGUCUUGUUAUGGUGAAUAUAUUAGUGUUCAUGAAUAAGGCUGCUUUCCAUCAGCAGGCUCCUCAUCCAAGUCACAACCCAAAAUCAUUCUUUUGGAAUGAGGGAUGAAAAUUUAAGCACCUAUGGAAUACCUACACAUAACGAGAAACUGCUUUUCUGUUUUAGAAAAGUUUAUUUUAAUCAAUAGAAUAAUACGACAAACCACUGAUCAGUAACAGAGUUGCUCGCCCUUGUUCUGACAGCAAAAACACUUAACACACGUGUCAUUAUAGCACAACAUGCCGACUAAAUGAAUCGGUCAAUGUAACAAGAAGGAGGAAGGAAACUCCAUGGUUGUGUCAGGAUCUCCAUCUGAAAAUGUCUAAUUAUAACUCCUACAGCUCCUGUUCUUUGACCUUUCCUGGGGUCAACAGUAAGAACACUGUCAUGGAGAAAGAAAGGCGCUUCGCACUGCUGUGCCGAGUUCAGACAGCUUUCCGAAAGUGAACUACAAAGUAGGCACUCUUUUCCCCCUGGACAUCUUCGCAAAUUUCUGUGAGAUGGGCUGUGCUUGUACAUUAAGUCAUUUAGGAUAAUAAAUGGGAGAGCAACCAGUAACUCAGUCUCCAUGCGGCAUCCACUGGUGAAACACUGUUACUGCAACAUCGUCAUCAACCCCUUUAAUGGUCAACCAUGUAACAUAAAACAAAAUAGCUUUUCAUCCCAAUCAGACCAAUAUUUAAAGAACUACAUAUUCAACUUUUUAUGGGAACACAUCAGUGACAGUGACUGUCACAUAUUCAAUAUUUUUUUGCAAUCACAAUUGCCCUCUCUGGACUCCUUUCAUUAUUAGAGAGGUAUAAAGUAGUGCUGUCAGUUAAACGCGUUAUUAACGGCG